UCGGCAUCCAAGUUCCGAUCGGAUUCGGAUUCAUUCGCCAGUGAUCCACUCCGCUCCUCCAGAUCCACAGCCAGAUAAUGCUGCACCUAAUAUCGCUUGUUGUUAUAGCCCUGAGUCUGGGAUGUGCUGCAGGCCAGGAUUUGCGGCGUGUGGACGACACCGAGUUGAUUCAACUCCUGACCGGCAGCAGCAAUGUGGUUGUCCUAUUCAACAAAAACAAUUGCCAGCGCUGCGUGGAAUAUGAGAAUAUGGUCACCAAGAUACGUGCCCAGCUGGAGGAGACCUUGUCGGCCAUUGUGGUGCAGUCGGUGGACAGCAACCUGGUGUCCAUCUACGACCCCAGCAAGGAGCCCGCUCUGGUCUUCUUCAGGCGCGGAAUACCCAUUCUCUAUCACGGCGAGAUCAACGAUGACGAAAUCCUAGACUUCUUCAAUGACAACUUGGAGCCAGCGGUCAAAGAGCUUUCCGACGAUAACUUUGAGCACCUGACUCAAGCCUCGUCGGGUGCCACCACCGGGGACUGGUUUAUCUUCUUCUCUUCGGCCGAGUGUACCGUCUGUCAGCGACUCUAUGCCGUCUGGGAAUCCGUGGGCGGAAAGCUGAAGCGAAAGCUGAAUAUUGCUCGCAUGAACAGCUUGGAGUCUGGAAUCUCAACUGCUAAACGACUGGGAGUGCUGGAAUCACCGGCCUUUAUUUUCUUGCGACAGGGAAAGAUGUACAAAUACUCAGCCAAGCAAUACAGUCCCGAGGCCUUUGUCCAGUUUGCCGAGAAGGGGUAUACCCAGAGCUAUCCUCAGCCAGUGCCGGCGAUCCCCAGUGCCGUAAACGAAUUUUUGGGCCCUCUGCAGAGUUAUUUUGCAGCUGAAAACAUAACAUCGCUGACGACUUUGGGUAUCUUUGCAUUAGUUGUUCUCUUCUUUGUUGGCAAAAAGGUGGCCAAAAUAUUCAGUUCAGAGCCGGCGAAAACGAAAAACAAGUCGAAAUAAAACUAAUAUUAACAACACAAAAAAAACAUGCAGUUUUUAAAGCAGUUGGAUGGUAACAAUUAGUGGAGAAGUGAGCGCGAAAAUUCAACUACAGCAAUUCCUAAUGCCUCGAAAAGUGGCAGCUCUUUUGGGUGGAACGCUGGCAAUGGAACAUGCAGAUACAUAUACCUAAUAUCGCAGAAGAUCCAUUGUUCACUGGCGCACAUCGCAGACAAUACCUAUCCUAUCUAUCUCUUGAUUGCUUUCAAUUAAUUAGCGCGCAAGCAAACAAAAAUAUUUAGAUCGGCCCAUUUAGCAACUGGGCUCGCAGUUCAGGGGCUAACUCGGCUAGCAAUCUAGCCAAUUGCUUAAGUGCGAUGAUAGUUUGGCGUGGUACGCUCAAA